AUGUGUUACAACUCUCAACUUACAAAGACUUCAGGCACUAGACUCGAAGAUACAACCAAGUAUAGGCAAUUCAUUGGGCGCCUCAUCUACCUUACCAACACACGUCCGGACAUCUCUUUCGCAGUUAGCAAACUUAGUCAAUAUCUAGAUUGUCCUACUAAUGAUCAUUAUAGAGCUGGCAUGCAUCUUCUUCGCUAUCUCAAAGCCUCUCCAGCAGCUGGUCUUUUCUUCAGCAGCGACUCUGACCUCUCUUUAUCUGGCUACACAGAUUCUGAUUGGGCGACCUGUGCCGAUACACGUCGUUCUAUCUCUGGACAAUGUUUCUUUCUUGGCACUUCCCUCAUCUCUUGGAAGAGUAAGAAACAAGACACGGUGGCUCGCUCCUCAUCCGAGGCUGAAUACAGGGCAAUGGCCCUUGGUUCUAUCGAAGGACAAUGGCUUCUUUAUCUCCUCAAGGAUCUCAAUGUCGAUCAUCCAAAGCCUUUCACAAUGUACUGCGACAAUCAAUCCGCACUCCAUAUCGCUGCCAAUCCUGUCUUUCAUGAGCGAACCAAACAUAUAGAAGUGGAUUGCCAUAUCACAAGGGAAAAGGUUCAAGUUGGGAUAUUCAAGCUACUGCCAAUCUCUUCAGCUCACCAAACAGCUAAUGUAUUCACCAAAGCUUUGUCUCCUGGACCCUUCAAGCAGAUGUAUUUCAAGUUUGGAUUAGUGAAUUUUCACUAUCCAGCUUGA